AUGAAGAAAUCUUAUGGCGGUAUUGUGGCUGCAAGUUUGUUCAUGCUGCUAGUUUUGAGAUAUGGCAUCCUAAACUACCCCACUGGGGAUAAUUUCUUGACCAAUGCACUCUACACCAAUACUAGUAAUCCUCUUGAAUGGUUAAAUACUGUUCCACCUGCAGUUCAGAAUCCAGAGAAUGCUUCUCAAGUGAUUUCUGCUGAGAUUGUAGUCUUUAGCCUCUUUGCUCAGAGGAAUGUAUCCAAUGAGGAACAGCAAACUAUGCAGACAUGGAACCUUUUGAAACACCUUAUCAAUCAAGCUCAGGGUUUGCCCCAUGCGGUGGAUGCUAUAAAGGAAGCUGGAGGUGCAUGGAAUAGCCUUAUGACUUCAGUUGAAGAACAAAGACUUGGUUAUACAAAUGAAAGUUCACCUGGGAAAGCAAAAGAGAAGCAGUGUCCUUAUUUUCUCAAUAAAAUGAACGGGACAGGAAUUGAUAAUAAUGUUCAUAAGUUGCGGGUUCCUUGUGGCCUGACUCAAGGUUCUUCAAUUACAGUUAUUGGCGUUCCAAAUGGACUUGUUGGGAAUUUUCGGAUUGAGUUGACAGGGGAGCCUCUUCCAGGGGAGCCUGAUCCACCCGUUAUAUUGCAUUACAAUGUGAGGCUAAAUGGUGAUAAGCUAACCGAGGACCCCGUAAUUGUCCAGAACACCUGGACUGUUGCUCAUGAUUGGGGUGAAGAGGAGCGUUGCCCAUCCCCAACACCUGAAAAGAACAAUAAAGUGGAUGAGUUGGACCAGUGCAACAAGAUAGUUGGAAAAACUGAAGAGCAGAGGAUACGUUCCAACGUUUCAAGGCAGUCUUCAACUGUGCAAGACGGAUCAAAGUCCAGAAGAUACUUUCCAUUUAAGCAAGGUUAUCCAUUUGUUGCUACACUUAGAGUGGGUUCAGAAGGAAUCCAAAUGACUGUUGAUGGGAAGCAUCUAACAUCUUUUGCAUUCCGUGAGACUUUGGAGCCAUGGCUUGUUAGUGAAUUAAGGAUAUCUGGAGACUUGAAACUAAUUUCUGUCCUAGCCAGCGGUUUACCCUCAUCAGAGGAUUCGGAGCACAUAAUUAAUUUAGAAGAACUCAAAUCUGCUCCUCUCUCUCCUCACAGACGAUUGGAUCUCUUUAUUGGUGUUUUCUCUACCGCAAACAAUUUUAAACGAAGAAUGGCUGUUCGAAGAACAUGGAUGCAGUAUGCUGCUGUGCGAUCAGGGGCAGUUUCAGUGCGCUUUUUUGUUGGUUUGCACAAGAACCAAAUAGUGAAUGAAGAACUCUGGAACGAGGCACAAACCUAUGGAGACAUACAGCUGAUGCCUUUUGUUGAUUACUAUGGCCUCAUUACCUGGAAAACUUUGGCCAUCUGCAUCUUUGGGACAGAGGUUGUUUCAGCAAAGUUUGUCAUGAAGACGGAUGACGAUGCAUUUGUCCGUGUGGAUGAAGUGCUAGCUUCCUUAAACAGGAUCAAGGUGACUCGUGGGCUGCUUUAUGGCCUCAUUAACUCAGAUUCCCGACCUCAUCGAAAUCCAGAUAGCAAGUGGUAUAUCAGCCCUGAGGAAUGGCCUGAACAGACCUACCCACCAUGGGCACACGGUCCUGGUUAUGUGGUAUCAAAUGACAUAGCAAAGGCAGUUUCGGCACGGUAUAAGAAAGGCAGCUUAAAGAUGUUCAAGCUAGAAGAUGUGGCGAUGGGCAUCUGGAUUGCAGAUAUGAAAAAGGAGGGUCUAAAUGUACAGUACGUGAAGGAAGAGAAGGUCUACAACGAAGGGUGCAAGGAUGGCUAUGUCGUUGCGCAUUACCAAGGUCCGAGGGAGAUGCUUUGCCUGUGGCAGAAAAUUCAAGAAGGCCAAGUUGCUAAAUGCUGUGGGGGCGAUAGGUAG